AUGGAGAAGUCCUCUGAGACAGAAGAUGCUUGCCUGGCUGGUGUACCUGGUAUUAAAGUCCUUAUGCCUGCGCUGUCUCCUACGAUGGAAGAAGGAAGCAUUGUGAAAUGGUUAAAAAAGGAAGGUGAAACAGUGAGCGCUGGAGAUGCCUUGUGUGAAAUCGAAACGGACAAAGCAGUGGUCACCAUGGAGUCAAGUGAUGAUGGCAUAUUGGCUAAAAUAGUGGUGCAAGAAGGAAGCAAAAACGUACGCUUGGGCUCACUAAUUGGUCUGCUGGUAGAAGAAGGGCAGGACUGGAAGGAAGUUGAAAUACCAGCUGAUGGUGGUGUUCCACCUUCUCCGGCUCCACCAGCACCUUCAGGUCCUUCAGUUUCAGCCCCUCCUAAGCUAGAACAUCAACCUGGAAAAUUGUCGGUUCGCCUAAGUCCUGCAGCUCGCAUCAUUUUGGAGACGCAUGGUCUAGAUCCAACCAAUCUUACACCUACUGGGCCUCGAGGAAUCUUCACUAAAGAGGAUGCUCUCAAACUUCUGCAAGAGAAGCAGAAGGGCAAACCCACUGAAUUGAAACCUGUGGUUUCUCCAGCUCCUCCCCAGCCUACUGCAGUGCCUUCACAAGCAACAGCUGUGCCUCCUGCUUACCCAAGGCCAGCAGUUCCACCAGUUUCAACACCAGGACAACCUGCUGCACCGGGCACGUUCACAGAAAUCCCUGCUAGCAACGUCCGAAGAGUUAUUGCUAAGAGAUUAACAGAGUCUAAGACUACUAUACCUCAUGCCUAUGCUGCUGCUGACUGUGGCAUUGAUGCUAUUUUGAGAUUAAGAAAAGAAUUGGCCAAAG